AUGUUGCACCAUAAUAACCCAUACAUAAAGGACUUGAAAACCACACUCGAAAGAGUACCUCAAAAUAGUAAAAACUUUGAAAUUAUAAUACAAGCUGAUAGAAAACCUGAUAAUGCUCACAGAGGACGUUAUAAUGCACCAACAACAAGUGAAGUAUCAUUGGUCAUAGUUGGACAACAGUUUGAAAAACGAGAUAUUAUGUUACAAAGUCAUGAUAACAAAUUGCAACGGAUUAGUGAAUUGCACCGUUCAUACGAUACACUUCAGUACCCGUUACUUUUCUGUCAUGGGGAGGAUGGUUAUUCCAUUAAUAUCUCUCAGAUUGAUCCAAAAACUAAAUUACCACUUCAGAAAACAGUUUCUGCAUCGCAAUUUUAUUCUUACCACAUCAUGAUUAGACAAACGGAAAUCAACCAUUUACUGUACAUUAGAUCACUUUUUAAUCAAUAUUUAGUUGAUAUGUACGCUAAAAUUGAAACAGAGCGCUUAAAUUGUAUUAAAAACAAUCAAAUGCAACUCAGAGCUGAUAAUUACAUACAUCUCAGAGAUGCUAUUGGGAGACAAGAUACUGAUCUUACCCAUCUUGGUCAGAUGGUAGUUCUUCCGUCAUCUUUUACUGGCUCACCACGAUUCUAA